AUGGAUGAAGGAUACUACAAAGUCGAGCAGAUUCAUGUGCGUCAUUUUCAGAACACUGUUUCGCAAUACCUUUUUCCAUCUCGGUUAUGUGGGAACACAAGUGAUGACGAGGAUUCACCUGAAAUGGUGGCUCAGAGGACUAUAGAGAAGGACAUGAUCAAGGAAGCUCUUUCUGACUAUUCCUUGUACAGUCAUCUGUUGUAUAGAGACUGGCGGUUCCCUCUUUGCACGUCCUUGGGCGAGCACGAUAUGGUUAAAGGUCCCUGGCAUGCGGCUAUGAUGUGGUCCGAGUCGACAAUGUUGGCCACACGGCAGCUGUCACGUUUCCUAUCAGGGAAGAUGAGUGGAUUUGCGUUUUCACAGCCGAAUUUGUUCAAGAAGAUGGUCGAGAAAUUACCCGCAGAUUUCACCUUGGUACAUUUGGCAUUAUCUCAUGACGGUUCUUUGCACCUAAUCAAGUUGCACCAAGAUCGCGAGCCUAUAAUCGUACCCCUUGCGCCGAAGUCGAAGGUGGAGACGGUUAAAACUAUGAUGGAUAAGUUAAUCGAAGAAAACUCAAGAACAUGCUGUUUGGGGAAGGUCACAAGUGACGCGAAAGCAUUCUGGGUGGCAAGACGAGCGGUCGAUGCUGAAUUGAAGGCGAUCAUUCCUCGUGUACAGGACAUUCUACUUGGACCAGCUGCUCCUCUUCUGCUUCCUUCAAAGAGCCUCAAUCGUAGUGGAGUUACUGUUGCCAAGUCGCUCGUUUCUGCUUCUCAGUCGCCGUCUGGUGGGCAACUGCCAUUAUCUUUUGCCAAG